AUGUAUGAGGGUGCAAUUAUGUAUGGAAUUCAUGGUAGAGUGUUCGUGAUGCUCUUUGAUGAAGCCUCUGCUGCGGACGACGUGGUUCCAUACUUUAGAAACGCAGGAGAAUCAGAUUAUAUCUUUGACCGGAAGCCGUAUGAUGAUGUUGAGUGUCAGAAUGUGAUCACGGAGGGUUGGGUUCAGCCGGUUCUUGGGCGGCCUAUGUUUCAGGUCUCAAAGCGAAUCAUGCAUACUAGAUUUGCUUUGAGUAAUUGGCAAAGGAGUGUUUUUGGUUGCAGAAGUCGAGAGAUCGAUCAACUCCGGGCACGUCUACAAGUUCUUUCUGAAUCUCCUUUGACCGGGGAGAACCAAAGUAAGAGUGUUUCUCUCUACUCAAAAUUGGAUGGUCUGUUGGAGGAGGAGAAUGCUUAUUGGAAACAAAGAUCCAAGAUCACCUGGCUAGCUACUGUUAAGUUAAUCCAACCCCGUGUCACGGCCAGUAUGAAUACUGAGCUUUGUGCUUCGUAUUCAGCUGUGGAGAUUCGGGCUGCUCUCUUCCAGAUGUAUCCUACUAAGGCACUUGGCCCAGAUGCUGCGGUUCCGAGCUUUCUGGCUUCAGGGAAGUUGUUAGGUGAGAUUAAUUUUUCUUAUAUUUGUUUGAUACCAAAGGUAAAGAAUCCCGAGUCUGUGGCAGACUUGAGACCAAUUACUCUCUGUAAUGUCAUUUACAAGAUUUGUUCCAAGGUGAUAGCUAAUAGAUUGAAGAAAAUCCUGGAUGUUAUCAUUUCUCCUUUUCAGAGUGCUUUCAUUCCUGGAAGAUUGAUUACAUAUAAUACUCUAAUUGCUAAUGACUGUGUUACUACAGUUCGUUAUGCGUUUCUCAUCAAUGGCCAACCUCGGGGCUACCUUACUCCUUCCAGGGGGCUCAGACAAGGGGAUCCACUUUCUCCUUAUUUGUUUUUGUUAUGUACUGAGGUUUUUUCCGCUCUCUUGGAAAGGAAGGCUUCUAUGGGACCUCUUGAAGGUAUUAAAGUUUGUGAGAACGCCCCUGCCAUUCAUCAUCUAUUGUUUGCUGAUGAUAGCUUGCUUUUUGGGAAAGCGACUGCUGCCAAAUGUAGUCACAUAAAGGAAGUGUUGUUUGUCUAUGAAUUGGCAUCGGGACAGCAGAUCAAUUUUGCUAAGAGUAGUAUUGUGUUCAGCAAGAAGGUACCUGAGCUGGAUAAGAUUCUUAUAGCAGAUUCGUUGGGGGUGAUGAUUGAGAGCAAGCACGAGAAAUACCUGGGGCUGCCUACCUAUUUGGGCAGAAAUAGGACAGAUUCUUUUGCUUUCAUUAAAGAAAGUUUGAGUAAGAAACUUGCAGGUUGGCAAGGAAAAUUACUUAGUGGGGCUGGUAAGGAUCUGUUAAUAAGGGUGGUGGCACAAGCUCUACCAUCCUACUCCAUGAGCUGCUUCUUAUUACCGAAGGACUUUUGUGAUUCUUUGCACCAGAUGUGUGCUAGGUUUUGGUGGGGAAGUAAGGAUGCUAAUCGUAAGAUUCAUUGGUUAUCUUGGGAGAAACUUUGUUUGCCUAAAAGUGAAGGUGGGAUGGGCUUUAGAGACUUGCAUGCACACAAUUUGGCGUUACUUGCUAAGCAGGGAUGGCGCAUCAUCAAGAAUCCGACUUCUCUGGCCCCGUGUCCACGCUAUCCUUCAGCAUGUUGGCGAGGGAUCUUUAGUGCGAAGGAGACUAUAGCUAAGGGGCUACGGUGGCAGAUAGGGGAUGGCUCAUCUGUUCGGAUUUGGGAGGAUCCAUGGAUCCCUCGGCCCUAUCUUUUCAGGCCAUUAAGAUUUACAGUCACACCUCAUUCUCAAGUUAGCGAGCUCAUACAAAAUGGUGAGUGGAAUAGAGAGUUGGUGACAGAGAUCUUUAGCCCGGAGGAUGCCCUGCUAAUGUUGUCUUUGCCGUUAAGCAAUAGUAGGGUGGUUGACCGCCUAAUCUGGCACUAUGAUUCUAAAGGGCGUUUUACGACCAAAAGUGCGUAUCAUUUGGCUUUUGGCUCAGCACAUUCUUCAUUGAUGGAGGCCUCUAGUUCCUCUGCGUCUCCUAGUUUUUGGAAGUGUAUUUGGGAAGCUAAGGUGCCGGGGAAGGUCAAAGUGCAUACAUGGAAGGUUUGCCAAGCUAUUCUACCCACUCUUUCGCAGCUUCGUGGUCGAAGGGUUCCUUUGGUGGGAGGGUGUUAUUUCUGUAAUGAGGAAGAUGAGUCGAUCUUCCAUAUCACUGUGGACUGCCCUUUUGUUCGGGAUUUGAUACAGUUGGUGCGUUCUUUUACUGCCAUACUGACACAUUCUUCCUCUAACUCAAUUGCGGAUUGGCUGCAGUCAUGCUACUCGUCUCUAUCUAGUGAAGAUUUCGCUUUCCUUCUGGUGUUACUGUGGGCGGUAUGGAAAGAAAGGAAUAAACGGGUAUGGAAUAAUAAAUUCCAAUCUCUUUCACAGGUCCAUUUUCAAGCGGUGACACUGUUUCAAUCUUUGAAGUUGGCUUUGUCGACUAGAACUGUAAGGGUGGGACGCCGUCCUCGAUUAUGGAGUCCUCCACCCUCCGGUUGGUUUAAAGUCAAUAUGGAUGGUGCUUUUGAUGGGGCAGGCCAUAGAGGUGGUUUAGGAGUGGUAGUUCGAGAUGAAGGUGGCCAGGUUAUCGCUGGAGCUUGUGCUAGCGUAAGUGUAGUGUUAUCCCUAGUUUUGGUUGAAGCUUUUGCUGGGCGACUUGCUUGCCAGGUGGUGGAACGAUUUGGUUUGGCCCCUGUGGUGUUCGAAACUGAUUGUCUUCAAGAUGCUAAUGUUUUAGCUCAUAAGUUGGCUAAAUGUGCCCUAGGCACAGGUUUGCUGCUUUCCUGGUGUGGAUCUGUUCCUACAAUAUUGGAGGCACUCCUCUCCACCUAA